UUUUCAUUUGCUCUUUUACGAGUCGCUUUGCUUUUUUAACAUAUAUUGAUUUUUUCUCGACUGGUUUAUCCUUUAUCUUAUCUUUUGUAAUUUUUACUGAUGUUAGCGAGUCUCUUCGUUCCCUUCAACUUUAGAAAUCAAUAAACUAAUGUACUUUUUAACCUUUUUUCAGUUGAAAAUGAGCAGAAUAAUUACUCCAUUUUUACAUUUGAGAUGUUCUCCAUUUUUUUCAAAUCCAAGGUUAUUCUCUUCUUCAACUUUUUUACUUUCGUCAAUUUCAAAAGAAGAAGGUUCACAACCUCUGAUUAAACAAGAAUUGUAUUUGGAUGGAAAAGUUGCUAGAUUGGUUUUAAAUUGUCCAAAACGUCGAAAUGCGCUUUCUUUGGAUUUAAUGGAAAGUUUACGCAACGAAUUGAAGGAAUUGGAUAAUAAUAUAAAAAUUCGAACAAUUAUCAUUGCUUCAAAAGGAAAUGUUUUUUCGGCUGGACAUGAUCUUAAUGAACUGACGGCGGAAUCUGGUCCUUCCUCUCACAAAAGAGUAUUCAAUAAAUGUGUUGAAUUAAUGGAGACUAUACAAAAUAUUUCUUUGCCUGUUAUUGCCGAAGUUGAUGGACUAGUAACGGCAGCAGCUACUCAAUUAGUUGGUUCUUGUGAUAUUGUUGCUGCUACUAAAAGAUCUACUUUUUCUUGUCCGGGAAUUAAAAUAGGCCUAUUUUGUAAUACCCCUGGAAUUGCUUUGGCACGUAAUUUACCACGAAAAUUGGCUAUGGAUAUGUUAUUAACUGCCAGAGAAAUAACUGCACAAGAAGCCUUAAAUUUUGGUUUAAUUUCUCGUCUAGUAGAAGAUGGAAAAGCGAAAGAAGAAGUUUUGUCAAUAUCUGAAGAAAUUUGUAAAUAUUCUAGACAUGUUUGUGGCUUAGGGAAGGCUUUCUUUUACACACAAAUUGAACAAAAUAUAGCGACGGCAAACAGACAAGGAGCAACUGUAAUGUGUAAUAAUUUAAAAUUGCCUGAUGCAAAGGAAGGAAUUUCUGCAUUUUUGCAAAAACGGAAACCAAAAUGGGUUGAAUAA